UCUAACAGCACCGCAACCGCUUCAAUUAAAUCCACUGCACUCUCUCUGCAUUUCUCAAUCUCUUUCUACAUUUCUCUCCUUCACCUGCACAACAAUCAACCAUGACUCAACAGUCCCACGAGGAGUUAUUGGCCCACCAUCUUGAGCAACAGAAGAUUGAUAACGAUGAGCCUAUAAUUGAGGAUGAGGAGGAUGAGGAGGAUGAUGAUGAAGAAGAAGACGAAGACAAUGCUGAAGGAGAGUUAGAUGCCAGUGGUAAGUCAAAGCAGAGCCGUAGUGAGAAGAAAAGUCGCAAGGCAAUGCUAAAGCUGGGGAUGAAGCCAAUCCCGGGGGUCAGCCGAGUCACUGUGAAGAAGAGCAAGAACAUCUUAUUUGUCAUCUCAAAGCCAGACGUCUUCAAGAGCCCAAACUCAGAUACUUAUGUCAUCUUUGGCGAAGCCAAGAUUGAGGAUCUGAGCUCACAAUUGCAGACUCAAGCUGCAGAGCAGUUCAAGGUUCCCAACUUCGUCCCUGCUGCACCAAAGGCAGAGCCAACAACAGAAAUUCAAGAUGACGAAGAUGUAGACGAGACAGGUGUUGAACCCAAGGAUGUCGAGCUGGUCAUGACACAAGCCGGGGUUUCAAGGGCUAGGGCCGUCAAAGCUCUCAGGGAUGCAGAUGGAGACAUUGUCUCCGCCAUCAUGGAGCUCACAAACUAGAUUAGGACCACAGUUUUCUUACAAAUAUCUGAUCACUGGGGCCAAGCAACCAUCUGCUUUGUUCAGUUUCACUUUUCAGUGUAUCCAUGUGUCUACUUUUAUCUUAUGAUAACUGUGUUUUCAGUUUUA